AUGGUAAAAUGGUACCGCAAGACUUCUCCACAAGACACAGCAGGCCGCGCCCUGCCCACGCCCUGCCCACGCCCUGCCCACGCCCUGCCCGCGCCCUGCCCGCGCCCUGCCCGCGCCCUGCACACGCCCUGCACACGCCCUGCCCGCGCCCUGCACACGCCCUGCCCGCGCCCUGCCCACGCCCUGCCUGCGCCCUGCCCACCCAGUCAGAUGCCCCGUGCCAAGUCCCACCGGCGGGCCCAGGCCCUGAAGCAGAGGAUGGCGCAGCCGCUGCCAUGGACCCCCCAGCCGCCUGUCCCUGAGUUCGUUGCUCGGCGCGGUACAGGGUACCGCCAUCGCGUGCGGAGAUGGCCGACUUCGAAGCUGACCCAGCGGAGCUUCAAGUUGGUCACUCCUGCCCAGAAGCCGGACCAGAAGAUGGUGUUCGUCGUGGGAGACUCCCACCUGCGGGCCCUGGUGGAUGGGAUCGUCGCGAUGCCGGAGGUACCUCUGUGUUUUUCUUUUCUCUCUGUUCCAGGUGCGCAUGCAGCAGAGCUGAGGACGGAGGUGUCCCACGCCGCUCUCCCCUGGACCCCGGACGUGGUGUGUGUGCUCGCCCCGAGCAACAACCUGACAGCCAGCAGGAACAUCGGAGAGGCGUCGCUGGACUUCGGUGCUCUCCUGGCUACAGUUUGCAACCGCUGGGCGAAGGUGUUCGUGCUGGACUUCCCUCCACGCUUGAACAUCGAGCCUGGCCUGCAGGAGCUGUUCCGCCAGGAGUUCCGCCGUGUCGCAGCACGCAUGGGUCUCCCAUACGUGUCUGUGGCAGAGCACCUCCCUCUGGACCGUUUGGAGCCGCAAUGUGUUCUGCGUUUCACUGUUUUCCAGGUGCACCUCAGCGACAGCGACGGAACGCCGAUCCUCGUCCAGGCCCUGUGGGACGCCGCGGUCCGCCAGCUGGCUCCUCCUCCUCCUCCUCCUCCUCCCUCGGUGCCCCCCCGGACAUCGCCUCGUGCCAGGGUCUCCCCCGUGCUGGUUGUGACAGGACACAGCCCCGCGCCCCGCCACCGCGACCCACUGGAGUGGACCGUCGUCGGACAGGAGGGCAAGAUUCGAGCAUCUCCGGUGCAAGAGUCUGUCCUCCCGUCCAACCCCGUCUGGUUCAGCGGCGACAUCCUGGAUGCCAUGGAGAGGGUUUCGCCAUCCUCGGACAGCGACGUCACUGCCCUUCUGCCAGCUGGCCAGACUUCCCGUGUGAGGCGUUCGCCGAAAGGUGUUGCCACAAGGCGUAGAGGAGGAAAGCGGCAGGUGGAGUCGUCCAGCGUGGUGCCAGGGGUGGUCGUCGUCCGGGAGGAGGUCGCCGCAGCAUGCCCAGCUGUCCCGGAGGUGCCGGCGAGACCUUCACCAGCCCGUGGGACCGUGUCCGCCUCCGGGCCCAGACCAGCGGUGCAGCAGGUGGAGGCGACAGCCCAGGAGUCGGCCAGCGAGGUGCCGGGAGUGGUCGCCGUUCAGGAGGAGGUCGCCGCAGCGGGCCCUGCUGUCCCAGAGGAGCGACAGAUCUUCAAAGCUAAGGCUGUUUUUGUUCCUUCUAUUUGUGUUAGAGAUGUUCAGUCAGAGUCUAGCGCUAAUGCUGUGGCAACAGGGUCUAACAUAGAUAGCAGCAGGAUUAGGCUAGCUAAAGUUGUGCGCGGGUCGUUUCAUCAGGGAAAUGCCCGAUUUGUGUAUGGUGGAGUGCAGUGUAUGGCUAUAGCUUUGGUCAGCUUAGCCAAACACACGGUGAGGAGCGCGUUCUCGUGGGACAGGCUGGAUCUGGAUCGCGCGUUGGUUGAAGGUGAUGAGUUGUACACGAGUUUGCGUGACCUCAACAUCUUCAGCCAUGUGUCUAAUCUGCUGUCUGUGCCAGAUUUGCCACAGCAGUUGGAAUUAGACGGACAGCUGUUUAGGUUUAGUUUUGGCGACACGGUGUUAGGCGAAGUAGGCGUGACCGAAGGUGAAUACAUCGAUUUCGGUGUAUUCAUCAGCUUGCGUAAUGGACUGGAGAGAAUCUUCAGUCAAUACACCACAUGUCUUUUGACAAUGUGCGGAAACACCACUGCCAUCGUGCGUGAGGGUGGACGGUUCGCUGUGGUCGACAGUCACUCACGCAGUAACACUGGCUUGUUGCACCACAAUGGUACAAGCGUGGUUCUGCAUUUCGCCUGUCUUGACGACCUGCACCACUACAUCUGUCGUUUGGCCGACAGUCUCCGUUCGAGGGAGAAGCUCUUUGAGCUGUGUGGUGUCACGGUCAGCACGGAUGCAAGUCCAGCGCGGUCUGUUUCUCCAGCGAGGUGA